CCGAGGGGCCCAAAGGACACUCCCACAGACAGACAAGCAGGUAGGUGUAGGGAGCAGCGGAUCAGGCUGCAGUUCUCACGGCAGCAGUCAGGACGUCUAGCUGAGCAUUUGCUUGGAAAAUAUCUGCCGAGCGUAAUGACAGAACAGUGUGGGAACCAGCAGACGUCGCAGGAGGACGCCAGGAAAUGUAGCAGAGGAGCUGCAAAGCAUGAAGAAAGGGAUUCUCACGACCAUUCUCUCCUGACUCAGGUGCAGACAGACCCAGACUCCAAGAUCGAGAGGAAGAAGUCUCACUACAGCCAGGUUUCGAAGACCAACUGCCAGUACCAUAAAAUAUUUAAGGAGAUCAGCAAAGAAGAACAGCUCAGACAGAGUAAGUCUUUAAUGAUCACACGCAUUAUUCUUUAUUUUGUAAGCCAGCUGUGUUUACACACACGAUCGAACUGUUCUGUGUCCCAGGUCGCCAUCCCAGUGGUGUCCAUCAAAAACAUCAAGAAGACCAAAACUGCCAUCCUGUUGCCAAACGCUCUGGUGAUCGCCACCACAAAUGACAGGUACGUGUUUGUGUCCUUCUUGUCCAGAGACAACACCUACAAGUUUUUGAUGUCGAUCUGUCCUCAUCUGGAGGGGAAGAGUCCAUGCAGCAGCCCCCUUCCCUCCUCAGCUGAAAACAGCUUUAGAAGUCAGAGGUCACCGCUAUCGCCUCGCUUUCCUCUGGUGGGUCAAACACAGCAAAAACACAAACACAAACAGCCGAAUACCAUAAAGUUUCCUGAUACAACAGAUACUGUUUUUAUUCUGCCUACAUAUAAUAAAAUAUAUAAGAAUAAGAAAGCAUCAUGCUUUUGGGUCCAUGUCUCUCUGGUCUCUUUUCUGACAGAAGGAUAUUUUAACACAUCAAACUUGAGGUGUCAUAACAGGCCCUGGGUUUCCCGUUUUGAAUGCUUUGCUUGCCUUUUUGCUUCUAUAGAGUUCACCGUUCCUCCAUUCCUGGAUAUGCUGAAGCACACAGACAGUGCAUCAUCUCCAGACCACCAGCACAAAGUGAAGAACCCACAUCUGAACCAACAGGGUCCAGACAACAACCAGCACUCCAAGCACCACCGAGGCUCGGAUGUGGUGAUUGACAGCAGGUGUCUGAAGCCAGUUUCUCUCAACACUCUGCUGAUGGUCUACAUGUUCCUAGUGUGCACCCUGGUCUUGUCUUCAUGUUACCUGGCCUUUAAGAUCAUCUCACUGGAGCAGAGACUGACAACGCUCGGCACUGUGGCCGAGUUCACACACCCGGAAAACAAUUUUCUGAGUGGGUCCGCUGACGUAGGCACAAAUCUUUUAUCUGAACUGCUAACCAUCAACCUGAUGAAGCUGGAGAAGGUGCAGAAGAACCUGCAAAGACUGCUGGAGGAAGCUGCCUGAAAGUACAGAAAACCAGUAUACGCACAGUGAAAGUCAUAUAUAUUAUUUUUGUAAAUAUAGUGUAAAUAUGUAUGUUUGUUAUAAAAAAAAAAUAACACUACUGGAAUGUAUUCUGCCCUAUGAAGCCAAAAUACAGUAACUACUGUAUAUAUUUGGUCAAAUAUACCCAACGUCUGGGUUUAUAUUUGUUACUUACAUACUUUUGUAUUAUUUCAAGACUUUUUGUGCUCCACAUGUGUAAUUGAAAGUGAAGUCACAGCAGCAUUAACAGCAGCAUUCUAUGUUAGUGUUUUCAGAAACUCCUUGACAUUGGUAUCAAGUUUCUGUACUGUUGUCUGUCUUUGUAGGGCAGCAACUAUAAUGAUACACACAAAAUAAAUCCUUUUAAAAGAGAGAAA